AUGGAAAACCACCCACAACUACUUCGAAGACCUUUACCUCCAAAAUUCCCUAAGCUGCCUUUAAGUAAGAAGAAAGUCCAUACAGCCAAGACUGGUAAAACUGAGCCAAAACAUGUGAAGUUCAUUCAAGAUGAAACCACUUCAAUUGAAAGAAAGAAAACUAGUUUUCCUGAUGUUGUUUCAAGAAAUCAACCACAAACACUUGUCAAAAUCCAAAAUCUUUUUCUUGAUCAUUAUAUACAAGAAAGAGUGACUACUAUUUCAAUACCCAGAAAAACUUUUAAGAAUGUCUAUUGGCACAUUCCAGAGACUGCUACUGGUUCCAUAUUUUUCCCAACCUGUCGUUCAGCCUCAAGUCGAGUUUUUGGGAAAGAAACAAGACAAAUGAAAAGGUCAAGAAAAUCAAAAGAAAAAGCAUCAAAAAUAAUAAAUUUUUAUUUUGGUGACCUGUUCAAAGACAUUCUGUUUCUCUCCUCAAAGUUCUCCAGGCUUCCAAAUACCACUUCCCCAGCUAUUCCUCCCAAACCCAAGGAAGUUCACUCUGAGUAUCUACCUUUAUCUACCUGUACUUUUAGGCAAUCUCUGAUAGGGCCACGUGCAACAGUGCCAAGCCCUGUUCCAGGAUUUAGGCGUGCUAAAGCAGAAAGACCAUGGGCUAAACAUUUAAAACAAAAUACUGCCAUGGUACUAAGUAUUACUCAUUUUCCAGGCCUCUUGUCCAUACCAACACCAAUUUUGCCAAGAAAACCUCGAAGACAGUCUUUGUUAGAAACUCAUAUAACAGAACCUGAAAAUGUAGAAAGUACUCCAAGGCACAGCAUGCCAAACCUGCCUGAAGGUAUCAUGAAAUCUAGAAAACCAGAGGAAUCACAGGCAUGUCUCAUUCGUGGUGGGGGUCUUAAGACUAUUAAUGCAACACAAUAUGAAACAAUAAUAGCCAUGACCAACCUCGCCAUAGUAAACUGUCAAAUAUAUGGAAGAAAUGCACUUAAUCUUAAGGGCUUUUUUAUCACGAAAUGUCCAGACUUAACGAUUUUGGCUUCCCAGUUGAUAUAUCUUAACUUAUCCUUUAAUGAUAUCAGUUACUUUCCCACAGAAAUACUUUGUCUUAAAAAUUUACAAAUACUAUUACUGAGAAAUAAUCCUAUCAAAGAAAUCUCUUCUGAAAUUCAACAACUUAAGCUCCUUAGAAUUUUCAGCAUUGCCUUUAAUUUGAUUACUACUCUUCCACCUGGGUUAUUUUUUUUGUCCCAUCUUGAGGAACUUGAUAUUUCUUACAAUAGUAUUGUUUCCAUUCCAAAUGAAAUCCAGAAACUCAGAUCACUUGAAAAACUGAAUGUUGAUGGGAAUGAACUGACGACUUUUCCAUCUGCAAUUUUGAAGCUUAACCUGAAAAAAAUCCUGUUUGAGAAUACUUUCACGCAUCCUGCUUUUUGGAAAGAGAAUUCUUUGAAUAGCCCACCGUCUCUUACUCAGAUUACUUCUUUUUUCUUUUUAAAAAAUAAUCUACAUGAAUAUUAUGAUGUGAUCCCAGUGGAAAUUCAAAAGCUACUAAAAUGCGCAUCUAGAUGUGAAUGGUGUCAAGGUCCCAAGUUUGGUGAAGGUUUUCGAGUCAUCCAGUCCUGUGACAUUUUUGGAGCAACACACCUUCCUGUUUUGUUUCUUGUCUGUUCUUCUUCCUGCUAUAGAAAAGUAAAGGAAAGCAGUUUUAUUUCAGAGAGUAUUCCUAGUAGAAGAGUAACUCUAAAUUCUGACUUGAUAAGUCAUGCAAUGAUUUUGGAGUCCCACUUUAAAAGCCAUUAG